AUGUCUCCAACAUCAGUCCGCGAGGGCGGUCCAACCCUCAAGGGCCCGCUCGACUUCACAGACAGUCCCCUCAGCAAGGCCUCACGGCAACCUCUCCUCCUCGGCCUCUUCCUCAGCCUCCAAGACAUCAACCUCUCCACCCACCCCACGACAAACAGCUGGACCUUUGACUACAACGUCGCCCUCGUCCGCCGCGCCGAACAGCUCGGCUUCGAACUCGCCUUCAGCCGCACCCAGUGGCUCCCCAAAGGUGGCUACGACGGCGAAGCCUCCCUCGACGCCUUCGUCGCCCUCGGCGCCAUGGCCGCCGUCACGGAAUCCAUCCUCCUCAUCUCCACCAUGCACGUUCUCUACGGGCCCCUCCACCCGCUGCACAUUGCCAAGUACGGCGCCACCCUCGACCACAUCGCCAAGGGCCGGUGGGGCAUCAACGUGGUGACGGGCCACCGGGCCGUGGAGCACGAAAUGUUUGGCCGGCAGCGCAUCGAGCACGACGAGCGGUACCGCAAGGCCGGCGAGCUCUUUGACGUGGUCAACAGCCUCUGGGGCGAGACGGAAAACAUUUCCUACGAGGGCCGCGUGUCGCCAUGGCGCCUCGAGAACGCGUGGAUCACGCCCAAGCCGCAGUACGGCCGUCCCAUCCUCGUCAACGCGACCGGCUCCCCCGCGGGCAUCGAGUUCGCCGCGCGCUACUCUGACCUCAUCUUCAUCACCUCGCCGGGCACGGCGCACAUUGACAGCGCGCUGGAGACCCUGCCGGCGCACAUCGCCACCAUCAGAGCCGCCGUCGAGGCCCAGGGCCGCCGCGGCGUCAAAAUCAUCAUCAACCCCAUCAUCGUCUCCCGGGACACGCCCGAGGAGGCCUGGGCGUAUGCCGAGAGCAUCGCCGAGGGGACCAAGAUCCAGGCGGGCACCAAGAAGUUUGGGACGGCGAAUGGGUCCUAUGACAGUGAUGCUCACGCCUGGCGCGGGAGAAAGGAUGCCAAGGACAACAAGGGGCUGAAUCUCGGGGGCAAUAUCGAGAUUAUCGGUUCGCCGGAGCAGGUGGUUGAGCAGCUGGAUGCGCUGCACAAGGUGGGCAUCGAUGGUGUUCAAGUCAACUUUUACGAUUUUGCACCGGACCUGGAGUACUUUGGCCAAAAGAUUUUACCGUUAUUGAAGGAAGCUGGUCUACGAGUAGACUAA